AUGAGUGAAUCAAAAUCAAUUGAUACAUUAAGACAAUCAUUUACUUUAGAUUAUUAUGAUCAAGAAUCAAAUGAAGCAUUUAUACAAAUAACAAAAUUAUACAAUAAUGUUCAAUUAUCUGAAAUUUUAUUUUUAUUACCUAAAAUUUUUACAUUUGAUGAAAUUGCUCCUGUUAUGCAUUUAAUUAUUGGCUGCACAUUGAUUAAACUAGGUAGAUCUACCGCUGGUUUAAGAGAAGUUGGUUAUGCAAUAUGUAAAGCACAAGAUGACAAAACAAGAAAAGAAUUUCUCAAAACUUUAGCAUUUGCAUUUAUUCAAUAUUUGAACGACCCAGUUAUGGCUAAAAAUUGUCUUGGUGAAUACAUGGAUAUAUCAAGAGGAAACAUUACCACUGAAGCGGAUUUUCAAAAUAUGCAAAACGAAGUUAUUGAAUUAGAUAAAAAUUUGAAAAAUUCAAAACCUGAAGUUGUUGUGAUUAAAUCAUUUGAAGAACAAGUCUUGGAAUUAAGUAAAAUGAAACAAGAAGAAUUAUUUGAUGACGAUUCAUUUACUGGUAAAUCGUUAAUUGUAAUAAGAUACUUACAUCAAUGUGAAUCGGAACUAAGUAGAUGGGCAAAUGAUAAAAGGUCUAAAAACAGUCCAUUAAGAAUAUUGAUUGAAGCUAUUUUUACAUUUGGUCCAUUGAUUUCCUAUAAUUCUAUUUUCAAAUUUGAGCCUGUUUUGAAUAAAUAUAUGUCAAAUUUAUCUCAAUUUCAAAAGAAAAGAUCUUUUUCAAUGUUUCCAAUCAAGGAAGAAACUUUAGAUCCAACAUUUAGUCAUAUUCAUGUUAUCAGAGGUUUUGUUUCAAUGCUUAGACAUCAAUAUAAAGAAGCAGUUUCUUAUUUUGAUCAAGCUAAUUUUUCAGAAGAAGUUGAUUUAUUAAAAUGUUAUUGUCAAGCAAAUGAUGUAGAAUUUAAAAAAUUAAAAUCAUCAUUAGCAGUUGUAUCCUCAUCUUCAUUUGGUUCAAAUGAUUCUUUCAAGUUAUUCACAAUUGCUAAACUUCAUGAAAGAUUAAUGAUGCAACAUAAGUUUAAAAAGCACAGAAGCGACGAAUUUUUUGCCCUGAUGAAAUUCUUCAUUACUGGGAUUCUUUGUUUACCAGUUGAUGAUUUAUAUUACUGUGAAUAUUAUGAUAAAAUGUUGGAUUUAUUAAUUAGAAGAAAAUCUGAAAUUGAAGUUAUUACUUUUUUUUACAUUUUGAGAAAUUAUUAUGGUUUAAAAUCUGAAUAUAAUUAUUUGUACAUUCCAAAUUUAGUUUACGAUUAUAACUGUGAUGACAAAAUUAUGGAAAGGAUUCAAGAAGUUUUGAAAAAUUUACAAGAUAAAAGAAAAAUUGAAUGUAAAGAAACUUUUUUGAUAGAAUAUUGGUAUGAACAUCAUAUUGAAAUUAAGGGAAAAGUUCCUAAUCCAAUCGAAGUAGUUUAUAAGCAAAUUGUUCAUGAUUGA